AUGUCCGAGGGAAACAUUGACGAUGAGGCGCGCCGCAUUAUCUCCCGCCAGAUCGAAAAGCUGGAGAGACACUACCCAGACCACGGCACUGGUGAUCUUGAACUCGCCCAUGAGAUGUACCAAGGCGUGAUCUACCUCGAAGUCUUCUUUCGCGCCACCGCCCGUCACGGACACAAGACGAUAGCCGUAGCCCAUGGGGGCUCGCGUGACGAGGUGUUCUACGCGCUUGUGCCUAGACUGUACAUGAGGGAGGUCAGGUUCAGGAUCGAGGAGCGCGGCAAGGACUGUGACUUCAGGAUGUGGAAGAGGCGCAUCGGGUUCGUCUCCCGCCCAUCUCCUUUGCGCCAAGGAUGGACCGCCUAG